AACAGAUUGACUGAGACCCCUCCAUUUCACAACAAGCAAAAACACAAGGGCGCGGGCGCACACACACACAAACACACACACCCCCUCCGUACCCCCCACUCCCUUUUUAAGCAAUGCUUUGUUGUGCUAAAACUAGUUGGACGAGUUAGGGUGUUACUGCUGCUCCCGAGGCCCUGGCCAAUAGAACCAGAUCCACCCCGCUGUGCGUAAGCGCGCAAUUAAGGAUUUAACCAAGGCAGUGCUGCGUCUCAGCCAGCAGUCUGCCGGCCGGAGACAGAGACUCCAAGACUCCCAGCCUCCUCCUCGCCGCGGCCGCCGCCUCCUCCUUCUCUCCUCCUCCUCUUCCUCCUCCUCCCUCGCUCCCACAGCCAUGUCUGCUUAGACCAGAGCAGCCCCACAGCCAACUCGGGCAGCCGCCGCCGCCACAACAGCAAAGACAGCCGCUGCCGCCGCCCGUGAGCGAUGACAGGAGUGUUUGACAGAAGGGUCCCCAGCAUCCGAUCCGGCGACUUCCAAGCUCCGUUCCAGACGUCCGCAGCUAUGCACCAUCCUUCUCAGGAAUCGCCAACUUUGCCCGAGUCGUCAGCUACCGAUUCUGACUACUACAGUCCUACGGGGGGAGCCCCGCACGGCUACUGCUCUCCUACCUCCGCUUCCUAUGGCAAAGCGCUCAACCCCUACCAGUAUCAGUAUCACAGCGUGAACGGCUCCGCCGGGAGCUACUCAGCCAAAGCUUAUGCCGACUAUAGCUACGCCAGCUCCUACCACCAGUACGGCGGCGCCUACAACCGCGUCCCAAGCGCCACCAACCAGCCAGAGAAAGAAGUGGCCGAGCCCGAGGUGAGAAUGGUGAAUGGCAAACCAAAGAAAGUUCGUAAACCCAGGACUAUUUAUUCCAGCUUUCAGCUGGCCGCGUUACAGAGAAGGUUUCAGAAGACUCAGUACCUCGCCUUGCCGGAACGCGCCGAGCUGGCCGCCUCGCUGGGAUUGACACAAACACAGGUGAAAAUCUGGUUUCAGAACAAAAGAUCCAAGAUCAAGAAGAUCAUGAAAAACGGGGAGAUGCCCCCGGAGCACAGUCCCAGCUCCAGCGACCCAAUGGCGUGUAACUCGCCGCAGUCUCCAGCGGUGUGGGAGCCCCAGGGCUCGUCCCGCUCGCUCAGCCACCACCCUCAUGCCCACCCUCCGACCUCCAACCAGUCCCCAGCGUCCAGCUACCUGGAGAACUCUGCAUCCUGGUACACAAGUGCAGCCAGCUCAAUCAGUUCCCACCUGCCGCCACCCGGCUCCUUACAGCACCCGCUGGCGCUGGCCUCCGGGACACUCUAUUAGAUGGGCUGCUCUCUCUUACUCUCUUUUUUGGGACUACUGUGUUUUGCUGUUCUAGAAAAUCAUAAAGAAAGGAAUUCAUAUGGGGAAGUUCGGAAAACUGAAAAAGAUUCAUGUGUAAAGCUUUUUUUUUUUUUUGCAUGUAAGUUAUUGCGUUUCAAAGGACCCCCCCUUUUUUUACAGAGGACUUUUUUUGCGCAACUGUGGACACUUUCAAUGGUGCCUUGAAAUCUAUGACCUCAACUUUUCAAAAGACUUUUUUCAAUGUCAUUUUAGCCCUGUAAAUAAGUGUAGAUAGAGGAAUUAAACUGUAUAUUCUGGAUAAAUAAAAUUAUUUCGACCAUGAAAA